AAAUGGUCGGUCAGUCGGGUGAUUCAUCCAGCUGAUCAAGUAGUCAACAAAAAACAGUGCAAUUUUCUGGAGUUUUUUUUUGGAGAAAAUCCCGAGUUUUCUGACCAAAAUUCACUCUCAACAAUGAGUGAAAAUGCGGCGAAAAGUGCAAAAUACUGUAAAGUGCUAAUAGUAGGUGCUGGGGCAGCUGGAUUGUCCUCGGCAAAUCACCUGCUGAAAAAUGGUUGUACGGAUUUUCUCAUCCUCGAGGCUAGAAACCGCAUCGGAGGACGAAUUGUCUCCAUUGAUAUUGAUUCCCAGAAGGUGGAAUUGGGAGCAAAUUGGAUCCAUGGGGUUCUGGGAAAUCCCAUCUUUGAGCUGGCCAUGGCUUCGGGAUUGGUGAGUAUCAUCAAUAUCCCAAAGCCACACAAAAUUGUGGCUGCCACUGAGGAUGGAAAGCAAGUCCCCAUUGGGAUAUUGCAUGAGAUUUAUGAGGCCUAUGUGACUUUUUUGCGUCGCUGUGAGGAGUACUUCCUGUGUCAGUACAUCCCGCCGCCGGAUAUCCACAGUGUCGGGGAGCACAUCAAUCUCGAGCAGGAAUUGUAUCUGGGAGAAAUGCCAGAAUCGCCCGAGAAGAGGGUGAAGCGGUUGAUAUUCAAUUGUCUCCUCAAGCGAGAAACAUGCAUAACUGGCUGUGAUACCAUGAAUGAGAUUGAUCUCCUAGAAUUGGGUAGCUAUACUGAAUUGCAGGGUGGAAAUAUUGUCCUUCCGGCUGGUUAUAGUUCAAUUCUGGGCCCACUUACUGAACACUUAGCACCUGAGCAGAUCAUCAAAGCCUGUCCCGUGCGCACAAUUCACUGGCGACGGAAAGGUUCGGGCAGUAGUACUGUGGGGAAUCUCACGACAGUCGAGGAAGACAAUGAGGGGGAUUCCGAUGACUCCGACAAGACCGUCACGGAAGCCCCAACCCGGAAUUUUAACGUGAAAAUCGAAUCAGAGGCUGGAGAAAUUUUCUAUGCAGACCAUGUCAUUUGCACAAUCCCUUUGGGUGUUCUAAAGGACAAAGCAGACUCCAUCUUUUCCCCAUCCCUUCCCACUUACAAGCGCGAAUCCAUCGACAGGCUGCUCUUUGGGACAGUUGACAAAAUAUUCCUGGAGUACGACAGACCCUUCCUCAAUUCCAGCAUCAGCGAAGUCAUGCUCCUGUGGAAUGACGAGCCAUCGUCCACGGCUAGUUUGAAGGACGUGUGGUUCAAGAAGAUCUACUCCUUCGCCAAGGUUACAGAAACGUUGCUUCUGGGAUGGAUUUCUGGACGAGAAGCAGAAUUCAUGGAGACUCUGUCACAUGAUGAAGUAGCAGAGAAAUGUACAGAGAUCCUAAGGAAGUUCCUACAGGAUCCAUUUGUGCCCAAGCCCAAGAGAUGCAUCUGCACGAGCUGGAAGAAUCAGCCCUUCUGCAGAGGUUCCUACACAGCCAUGGCCGUUGGAGCUAGUCAGGAUGACAUUGAGAAUAUCGCUCAGCCUCUCUAUUCUGAUCCUCACCAACCAAAGCCCUCUGUCCUUUUUGCCGGGGAACACACUCAUGCUAAUUUUUACUCUACUGUUCACGGAGCCUACCUGAGUGGUCGCACGGCUGCCCAGAUCAUUCUCACUCCGGAUUCUCCGCAGGAAAUUGUGAUGGAAUCCGAUAGCACGGAUCUCAGUGCCUGGAUUCAGGGCAUUUCGCUGGAUUAAAUCCCACAAAAUAAGGGAUAAAGACGUAUCUCGAUAUUUCUUCGUGCUUUUUACAUGAGAGAGAGAAAAAACCACAUAAUUGUAGAUUUUUUAUUUGUGUAUUAUGAGAAGCAGCAUUUUUUCUAGUCGGAUGACUUUUUUUUUAUUUAAAAAAAAAAGAUUACCGUUAUUUAAGGCUUUUUAGAAUGAGUUAGUGAGACAAACCACUAUCUGAAAAUAAAGUAUUGUUAAAAGA